AUGUUGGUCUGCAUUAGAAGUCCGGGAAGUAGUCAUUUUCUGAGCAAGAAAAACAUUUUCAUGCUACGGUAUUUUUCGUUCCGUUUUAUAUUGGCGGAUGAGGACUUCAGAUGCUUCCCGGUGCCACUUCAGCCCACCCGCCUGUCCGAUGGCACGGGGCUGGCUCGCGAGCUCCCGCUCCGCCUUUUGCCCGCGGCGGGAUUUGGGUCUUUGGCCGUUACGAGCCCAGACAGCGACGCCCCGGGAGCCGCAGGUUUUGCGGGCGCCCGGGGCGCAGGCACCCGCAGGGCCACGCUCGGCGGGUCGCUGGGGGCGGCGCUACCCCCGUUUCCCGUGCCCGAGCCCUAUCUGCACCGUGCUGGGGGAGGAAAGACGCCGUUUAACGGCGCCGCCCGUGCGGCCCGGCCGCCCCGGAGACGCUCAGUGUCAGAUUUGUUUUGUAGCACUCUUUAUAGGAGUUGGCUGACAAUGCAACCUUUUUUUAAAGGUAUUUUCAAGAGGAAUAAUUCGAGAUUGAUGGAUGAAAUUUUAAAACAGCAGCAAGAGCUCUUAGGACUAGACUGCUCCAAGUACACCGUGGAAUUUGCAAAUCAAGACAAAACUGAUCAAGUUUUAAAUUGCCAAUCUACAUUGAAGGUGCUGUCUCCGGAAGAUGGAAAAGCAGACAUAGUAAAAGCUGCUCAGAACUUUUGUCAAUUGGUAGCACAGCAGCAAAGAAAAUACACAGACCUGGAUGUGAAUGUGUUAGACAACUUAUUAAGUAGUACAAAUGGAUUUCCUGAUCCUGAUUUAGUCUUGAAGUUUGGUCCUGUGGACAGCACGUUAGGAUUCCUUCCGUGGCACAUCAGACUGACAGAGAUCAUUUCUUUGCCUUCCCACCUGAACAUCAGCUAUGAAGACUUUUUCUCUGCCCUCCAUCACUAUGCAGCCUGUGAGCAACGCUGGGGAAAGUGACUUCUGGCUGAGCACAUGGAGUCAGGCUUUCUGUGGGAAGGAAUUGAUGUCUGUUUACAAGCACCUGUGACCCAUAAGUCUGGUUCAUAGUCCUUUCUUAAUUUAUCAACAAAUUCAAUAAAGUGUCUUACCUUUCUAGAGA